AUGGAUGGGAAGCUAGUCGGAAGAGAAGGCAUUGUUGUCGGAAACGAAGGCAAAUUUGGCAUUGGAAAUGGAGGGAUUGAAGUGGGAAUGGUGGGAAGAGCUGGUUGUGGCAACGUUGAUGGCAUGGGAGGAAUAGAAGUGGGCAUUGUGGGAAGAGUUGGUAGAGAUGGUUGUGGCAAUGUUGAUGGCAUUGGAGGAAUAGAAGUGGGCAUUGUGGGAAGAGUUGGUAGAGAUGGUUGUGGCAAUGUUGAUGGCAAUGGAGGUAGUCCCAUUGUUGGGAUAGGCAGAUUUGGAAUUUGA